AUGAGAAAUAUUGAUGACAAACAAAUGUCUAUUAUGAAUUUUUCAACUAGUCAUAUUACUGGUCGUAUACGUAUCCCUGUGAGAAGUGGUAGAGGGCCGGCUGGUCCGCCUGGUCCACAAGGUCCACCAGGACCACAGGGAGCAAGAGGAUUUCGUGGUCCACCAGGAGAACCAGGCAGUUUACAAGGAAGUAUGAAUACAACAAUGUCUGAUUCAAUGUCAAAUCAACGAAACCGAUUCAUCAAAAAGCAUAAACAAUAUCGUCGAGAUGUUUCACACUCUUCAACACCUUUAAAUUCAAUGGAUUCAGGCAAAAAUGACAAUGAGUUGAUUGUAUUAGCCGAAUUUUUUAUGCCAGACAACAUAAAAUUCACUGAUCGUCUUGUUACACUGGAGAAUACAUUCAGUAAUUGUGAGCUGAAACAUCAACAGCAACCGUUUGAAUUCACCUUGUAUCAAGAUGCUGUUUUAUCGAAUGAAACGACAUGCAACAAUGAUUUAGCUAUUGAAGAUCUACUUUCACCUAUUGAUGGUAUCAUUAUUGACUGGGAUCAACUCGAGGGCAUAACAGUGAGUGGAUUUUGGAAAUUAUUUGAAACUGCUCUAUUCAAUGAAACUAUUAAAGAUAACAUGAUCAUCAAUAAUCAAGUAAAUUUUGUUAGUUCUAUUUAUAAUAAACCAUGGAAGACAUUUUCUUAUGAAGCUGGUCAACCAAGACGAUCUUCUCAUCAUUAUCGUCAUCUAGUCGAAUGUAUCCUGAAACAACAACAGCAACAAUCGCAUUCUUUGGAUACAACAUCAAGAAGACGAAUAUCAGUGAAACACAUGAAUUCAGCGAUAACCCAUUCUUAUUCCUUUCUUCGACAUGGAUAA